ACAACUUCAUUCCCCUCGACUCGACACCCCUCCCCUCCUACCCCCUCCCAUCAAUUGUUGCUGGUUGUAGGCUAUAGCUUGGUGCAUCAUUUCACUCCAACUACAGUAGUGUCUUCUUUAUCGAUCCUAUUGUGAUCGUUGUGUGUGUGAGAUUCACCCAUCGACCAUGAGCAUCUCCGUGAACGGGCAGUCGGUGGUGCCGCCGGGGUUCCGGUUCCACCCGACGGAGGAGGAGCUGCUCACUUACUACCUCUCCAAGAAGGUGGCCUCGCAGCGCAUCGACCUCGACGUCAUCCCCGACGUCGAUCUCAACAAGCUCGAGCCAUGGGACAUCCAAGCGCGGUGCCGGAUCGGAACUGGCCCGCAGAACGACUGGUACCUGUUCAGCCACAAGGACAAGAAGUACCCCACUGGGACGCGCACCAACCGCGCCACCGCAGCCGGGUUCUGGAAGGCCACCGGCCGGGACAAGCCCAUCUACUCCGCCGCCGGCCGCAUCGGCAUGCGCAAGACGCUCGUCUUCUACAAGGGCCGUGCCCCACACGGCCACAAGUCCGACUGGAUCAUGCACGAGUACCGCCUUGACGACGCCGUCGCCCCUGCGACCAACACCGUCUUUGCUGCCGGCGACGCAAGUUCCUACUACUCCGGCAUCUCAUCCCCGGUUCGCGGCGUGGCCGGGGACCAGUCGCCGUUGGCACAGGAGGACGGGUGGGUCAUCUGUAGGGUGUUCAAGAAGAACAUCGUUGCGCAGCACCAAGCUGGCCAGAGCGGCGGCAGGGGCGGCGGCGCAGCGUCCAACAAGCUGGUUGGCGCCGGUGCCGUGGAGCGCAGCCAGAGCAACUGCUCGUCGACGGUGACCGCAGCCAGCGACCCCGCCAAGGCGCAGAUGAUGCACUGCGCCGGCAGCGACGACGGGCUCGACAACAUCCUCAGGUACAUGGACCGCUCAUCCGCGGCAUCGUGCAAGCAGGAGACCAAGCCCACCAACCCAUCAUCGUCACCGCUGGACCAGCUGAUCAACAGCGCGUGCCACAGCGGCAGCAGCACCCUGUACGAAAAGUUCAUGAAGCUCCCGCCGCUCGAGUACGGCGGCGACUGGGACGCUCUUGACCGGCUGGCGGCGUACGAGCUCAACGGUCUCUCUGACGCCGCGACGGCCAAGACGACCAACGGCAUGUCCUACAUCGUGGACGAGCUCGGCGGCGCCACCACGGCCUACACCAGCGGUGGCACGGCACACAGUUCCUCCCUCACCGGGGGCGGCGACGGCGACCUGUGGAGCCUGGCGCGGUCGGUGUCAUCGCUACACGCGGACUUGACGAUGACCUGUUUUAACGCCGUCGGGUGCUGACACUGUCCUAGCCCAAACUUGCUUAUUUUUUAUGAGGACAUUUUUUGUAUAUACAACUCUUAUUCAAUCGCACGCACUACAGGAGUGUCCAGAUUAUACAUAACGAGAUGCAGAGUGAAUAUGUCCAAAGAAAUGUUGUCAUACAAAAAAGAGAGUAUAAGUAACCUAAGAUGGAGGAGGUCCUAUUCAAAGUUGAUGGAGAAUACCGCGGGUUGAUAUCUGUGGUGUCAGUGCCGAGAGAGGAUUCUUUCGAUACUACAAACCCUUAAUAUUU